GUGCCAGGGCGGAGGGCAGGCACGGGGUUGACGCCGGAAAUAGUGGUAUAGGGAGGCAGUGGUGCCGGGCUGUGGGAGCAGCAGUGGACCUGCAGCGGUGGCCCCGUCAGGAGAGUGCCAGCACCACCUCUCUCCUCGCCCACAAACCCUGGUCAGGAGAGUACCAACAUCCCUCUCACCUCGUCAGCAGGCCCUGGACAGGGCAGUGCCAGCACCUCGCCCACACGCCCUCUAUAAUAAGGCUGCAGUUUUGACACGCAGGUGCAUCAGGCCUCGACACCCGCCCACACGACGCCCUCCCGUCACCCUUCCUGUCACUAUCCGGCCUCACCUGCCUCAGGUGUGCUUCAGGCUUUGACACUUCAAACUACUACGGGAAGUUCGCAAGACUGUCAACAGUUUGAGAUAUAGUGGUGUACACUUUCACCCUCCGGUUUUGUGACGCGUCUCACUGACAGGUCACCUCUGAGUGUCCUAGAACUGUGUGAACACUUUACUUGUGAGUAGCUCGUGUGUACUGUUGGCUCUAAAGAGCUCGACCCACGACGGAUUACCGGCGAUCUGAUUACGAUUUUCCCCAAGUCUUAGAGCUAUGUACAGCAACAAUUAUUACCUAAACACAGGCCGUGAACGAUCAUCAUCCUCAAGCACGGAUGAACCGUCCUCGGGUGGUGACGACUCUUCUUACCUUCGGGCAGCAGCAGCAGCAGCUAGGAAACGACGAGGAAAUCUUCCCAAGGAAUCUGUUAAAAUCCUGAAAAAGUGGCUCUAUGACCAUCGUUACAAUGCCUAUCCUUCAGACGAAGAAAAACUGCAACUAUCACGUGCAGCUAAUCUCUCAGUUUUGCAGGUUUGUAACUGGUUCAUAAAUGCAAGACGGAGGAUCCUGCCAGAGAUCAUACGCCGAGAAGGCAAUGACCCAGAAAAAUAUACAAUAACUCGCCGUGCCAAAAAACUCAAAGGAGUAUCUCCAAGAGACCGUGUUGAUACAGAAGAAUAUUCUCGUCCAGUCCAGAAUGAUUAUGCACGUGCCCGUCCACGCUGGGAAUCUGCAGAUCUUCCUGAUCAUGAUUAUGAUUUUUCCAUGGAGUCUCGUGUUGCUUCUUGGGUUGCUGAGCAGCAGAGGGUAUCGGCCAAGCCACAUUAUGAAGCAGUGUGUCCGUGUGGAUGUGGUUCUGAGGCUGACCAUAGUUCUGCUUUUACCACAAACACCACAACAUCCACAGCUCCAGCACCUUCCCCUGCAACUGCUCCAAAUUUUGUGGCAGAGGUGACAGCAACAACAAAUUCUCCAAUAUACACAGGCACUCAUUCACCAGCUUACACUCCAAACGAUUCACCAUUGUAUCCUCCAUCAACACCAGAACAUUAUGUCCCACAAACAGAUUAUGCCCACCAUGCCUUUAAUACACCCGCUCAGGUCACCCCGCCUCCUACACCUCCAGAAGACGAUGCAGAUAAGUUCAAAUGUCUCUAUAUGCUGGUCGAUGCUGCUCUUAGUCAGUGGGAAAAACAGAAUGCAUCUCCACCUCCCCAGGAUUCCCUCGACUCCACCCGUACCUACCUCAGCCUCUAACAUGUUACCAAUUAUCAUUACUUUUGUUAUGAAAAUUUUUGCUAGAAGAAAGAAAUAAACGUUGUGGUUGGAUUAGAACAGAUUAGGAUAAUUAAAAUUGAGAAAACAAAUGACAAA